AUGGCCACCGACUUCUGGGCGAGCUCCCACUUCAAACGGUGGAUCGUGGAUAGGGCGACGCUCCGGCAGGCCCGCUCAGACGACGAGCUCUAUGUCGGCAGCCCGGACAACCUUGGUUUCCUCAACAUAUUCUUUGCCAACCUGAUAUCAAAGCUGGGCAAAAAGCUCCAGCUCCGGCAGCGGGUCAUCGCGACCGCGACCGUCUUCUUCCGCCGGUUCUAUGUCAAGAAUUCGUACUGCGAGACAGACCCGUUCAUCGUCAUCGCCGCCUGCUGCUACGUCGCAGCCAAGGCGGAGGAGUCCCCCGUGCACAUCAAGACGGUCGUCGCCGAGGCCCGCAUGCUCUUCAGCACCGACGAGUACGGCGUCAAGGGCUUUCCCUCCGACAACUCCAAACUGGCCGAGAUGGAGUUCUACCUCGUCGACGAGCUCGAGUGUGACCUCAUCGUCUUCCACCCCUACCGCACCCUCGUCACCCUCUGCGGCAAAGAGGGCAGCACCACCCUCCCCGAGGCCGAAGCCGGCGAGGCCGACGUCGACGACGUCGACGGGCCACGCUUCUGGGGCACCGGCGAGGGCAAGCUCGAGCUCCAGGAGGGCGCCUUCCAGAUGGCAUGGUCAGUCCCCUCUCCCCGCUCCCCCUGCACCCCGCCCCGUGCGCACCCGCCGCCCCGCAGGUUCAUCAUCAACGACACCUACCGCUCCGAGCUCUGCCUCCUCCACCCACCGCACAUCAUCGCCGUCGCCGCCAUCUACCUCGUCCUCGUCUUCCACAUCCCCACGCGCACCGCCAUCCAGGCCGCUGCGUCCUCGCACGCCGCGCACGCGUCCGGCGGCGGCCCGGCCACGGCCACCACACGACAUCAUCGGCUUCAUGGCGGCCUGAACGUGAACAUGAGCCUCGUCGCGACCGUCGCGCAGGAGAUCAUCGCGCUCUACGCGCUCUGGGACCGCUACAGUGAGGACCCGAGCGCGCACGCGAGCGCGCGCGCGGCGAUGCUCCAGCGCAACCCGGGCUCCGUCACGCGGCGGUCGAGUGGGACGAGGCAGCGUGCGGCGGGUGUGAACGCGGCGGCAGCGGUGGCGGAGGGCGCGCACAGCGACCUUGUGACGCCGCUGUUUCUGGUGCAGCUGUUGCUCGAGAUGAGGGAGAAGCGGAUGGAGGACUUGGCACAUCCGGCGAAUGGGCGCCCGGUUGUGGUCAACAAGAUGCUGGAGAGGACACAGGCAGCGGGCUGA